CCUAAUCCACUCCAACAUAUCCCACCUGUCUUCCUUCGCACGUGUCACCUGCAAAACCCUAACCUCUCUCUCUCUCUCCCUUUCCUUCCCUGAGCUCACUAUUUCCGCGCCACCUACGCACCCGACCACACCGGAUUAUUGUCCCCUCAUUCUCUCUCUUUUUAAGACAACAAUAACAGCAAGGUAACUCGUCGUACUUCAAAUUCCCGUGCGGCGGUUGUUUGUUUCAUCCUUAAUUCUCAGCCGUCGGAUAAGGGAAGUGGAAGAAGAAAGCAAAAACGAAUAUUUAUCUCUCUUAAUUGUUUGUUUUUGUUACUUGUAUCACCUUCUAGGGUGCUUCAUAAAGAUCUUUGAGGAUUUACGGAUUUCAUUCUAGUUUUGCUGAAAUUCAGAGGUUUACAAAAGUAAUUAUGGGAACGGAAGAGGAGAGCUCACCUGCCAAGCCUUCUUCCAAACCUACUGCCUCAAUGCAGGAAAUGCCUACAAUACCUUCAUAUCCUGAUUGGUCAUGCCCGGUGCAGGCCUAUUAUGGUGCUGGAGCUGCCCCACCUCCCUUCUUUGCCUCAGCUGUUGCUUCACCAACUCCGCAUCCAUAUAUGUGGGGAGGCCAGCAUCCUUUAAUGCCUCCAUAUGGCACUCCUGUUCCAUACCCAGCUAUGUAUCCUCCUGGGGGAGUCUAUGCACAUCCUCAUAUGAUCCCGGCUCCAAGUGUUGCACAGAAUAAUACUGACCAUGAAGGGAAGGAUGCUAAUGGGAAGGAUCAAAAUGCCUCCGAAAAGUUGAAGGGAACUUCAGGAAGCAAGGCUGCAGAAAGUGCAAAGGGAGCUUCUGGCUCUGGAAACGACUGUGGCUCUCAAAGCUGUGAAAGUGGUAGUGAGGGUACAUCAGAUGGAAGUGGUGAGAAUAAUAACAAAGAACUUGCUACUGGUAAAAAGGGAAGCUUUAACCAGAUGCUUGCAGAUGCGAGCGCACAGAGUAACAAAACUGGGGCCGUAGUUCCUGGAAAACCAAUAGUCCCAACGCCUGCAACCAACCUGAAUAUAGGGAUGGGCCUAUGGAGUGGAUCCCCUGCAGCCACAGGAGCUGCGAAAAUGAGACCUAACUCGUCUGGUGCUGUGGCUGCAGUUCCUGCUGGAGUUGUGAUGCCUGAACGGUGGAUUCAAGAUGAACGUGAGAUGAAAAGACAGAAGAGGAAGCAAUCUAAUCGGGAGUCUGCUAGAAGAUCAAGAUUACGCAAGCAGACCGAGUGUGAAGAGCUACAAGCCAAAGUGGAGAGCUUGGCGAACGAAAACCAUAAUCUGAGAGAGGAACUAAAGAAGCUUUCUGUUGAAUGUGAGAAGCUUACAUCAGAAAAUAGUUCUAUUAAGGAUGAGCUGACACGGAUAUGUGGACCUGAUGCGGUAACUAAUCUUGAGCAAGGCGACGAAGGGAAGCAUUAAUAGGAAACCUAGAACAGGUAACAGGCAGCCAAUGCAGUAGUUUCUCGGCAUCCUGGAACAUUAUUUUCACCAUGGAUUCGGUUUAGUUACUAAUCUAUACCCUUAACCCGUUAUAACUGUAAUGUCUAUUUUUACAAACAGAAAACAGUUUUAACUAGCUUUCAAAUAGUUGGUAUUGUUUGUAGUUUAUUAGGAGCGAAAGAAUUGGGGAUUGAUUCAGAAUAUUUUCACUUUUAUAUGGAAUACAAGGUUUGAUUUUA